UGAAUGAUGCUACUGUUGAUGAGAUAUAAAUUUUCUCAAAGUUCUUGCAUCCUCGAUAACUUAUAUCACCAGGACAUCUUUUGUCAUGAUUCCAAACUCCACAUGUGCGAGACUUCAUGUGUUUGUUGAAUGUUUCUCAUGAAUCCCUGAGUUUUGUCAUAAUUGAUUUGCCCAGGAACAAGAUAUAUAAUUCAGUGUUUGGAUAUAUGCUACAUAAACUAGUGAUGUAGCAGCUCGCAUGAUCGUCAAUGGAGAAUGGAAUCAUCCCGCUGCGACACGGAAGUUUACCCGGGACUCUGCGGUUACCAAGGAGAUACGAACACUGCACACAAAAAAUGUCAUCCAUUGGGCCUGCGUCGAACGAAAACGAGACAGAGCGUAUGCAUGACCUGAUGAAGGCCGUCAUGUGGGUUAAGCAGGAACUGGUUUUACUGCGGCAGCACGACAUUCUCCUAAAACGGCAGUUCUCUGAUAUUCAUGACACAAUUAAAAGCAUGUGUAAGUCGCGCCGCUACAAGGACGCCGUGUGCACGAGUAACACAAGCCUCCAGUCGACCGGGAGUACCGAGUUCGGGAUGGACAACUACUCGGUGAGGUCAGCCUCCAGUGUCACUGCCCUUGACGACUCGGACGAAGAAGAGGACGAACACUGCGAACUCUUGUUCCGUCCAAGAACUUCAUCCAUGAAAACAACGCGAGAUCUCGCCGCUCUCGCGAGAAGGCGUGGCAGCAAGGAACUUAUUUAGUUAAUUCUUUUAACUGUAAUAUAUGUAUAUAUGUAUGCACAUGAGUAUAUUCCCAAAUACUGGUGUUUUUAAUAACUAAUUGGAUGAAUUAAAUAUAUCAUGUUACAUGAUUUGAGUGCAAUCCACUUCUAACAAUUAGUAUGCCCAAGUUUCAUGAAUAUUUUGUAAAGAUGUGCUUUCUGGAAGGAUGGAAAAAUGGAUAUUAAGUGCUCAUAGAGUGUAAUGCAUAACACAUAGUUCCGGGGGGGGGGGGUGUCGACAAAGUAAUGGCUGAAAUAUGAAACAUUUCCAUGAAAUUAUUAUUCAAUUGCUUGGAUCUCCGAUUGUGACUUUGCCUUUUCAGCUGACAGGAAACGUUAUGCCAUACGUUUGUGUGAUUGAAAUCCAUUUAAUAUAACUAUCAGUUUUAUAAUCGGAGACAUGGGUUUCAUACUAUGAGCUCCCAUUAUAUAGCACCGAAAUCGAGUGUGACAUUGAUCCUUGUACUGACAACACCAAUAUUAAGCGCAUACAAACAUUAAAUGGUGCCAUAUAAUUCUGUGAAGUUUGAUAUGAUGCCUUUUGACAGCAACAAUAUUGCUUAAAAUUGCUUUGGACUAGAUGUACCUCUAGAUGAGAACCCCGAGAUUAAAUCAUCAUGAUAUGCGCAACACACCUUUUCAUGCUGGUUUAAUAUUUUAAUAGGUUUGACUUAAAUCUCAUUAAAGGUGAUGUAGUUACUGCUAGGAAUAUGUGAACAUCUUAAAUGAUUUUUCUUAAUUAUGACGGCGUCAUUAUGAGUCACCAAGACUAUUGCAAUACACAGACGAGCUUACAAAAUAAGGCAUUAUAUCUUUUACUGUCUUAAUAAAGCAAGUGUUCUAUGAAUUAAGCAGAAGUAUAUGGUACUGAAUACCCUCAGUGAGGACAAUCAUGCUGUGUCUAAUGCAUACGAUGGAUCUUGAGUGCGUUGGCAGGUUCAGACAUGUGUUUUCGACAAGACACUCCAGAUAGUUAAUUACAAAAUCUAAAUCUGCAAUUCAGGCAAAUAUCAAUACACCUCUCCCUUCUCGUUAUUUAUAUAGCAUGCAUAUAAAAACUUGCCUUUAUGCUGUAUGUUUAUGAAGUGACUUCUGGCUAGUAACACACAGUCACCUGUUCGAAACAAGGGUUUCCUAUGGGCACUCUCUGCAGUUUUAAGACGGUGUGGUAUAUUUUUUGUAUGUAGAUCUGUGACUAUGGUGUAUCUGUAUUUCUUUGAAUGUAUGUUAUAUGUAG